AUGGUGGCUGUUGCCACUGCUGACGUUCUGCCGCUCUUCCCUGCAGCGACAAAGGUGGCUGACCACGACACGUCGUCGCCGCACCACGAUGCGCAUCCUGUGGCUGCACGGUUUGCUGACCCGAGCCAGCUGCCGCGGACGGUGCACAAGGUGCACGUUCAUCCGGAUAUGCGGAACACCAACCUGCUCCUCCACGAGAUCCCUGUACUCGAGGUGCUCUCGGCCGAAGUGGCGCCCGAGCUCGGCCCGGUCUACGGCCGUGCAGUCUCGGUGAGCCACUCGGACGACGGCUCUGAGCUGAUGAUUAUCGGGCGGGUUGUCGACUCGCCGGACGCACCGCUGACUGCUGAGGACCGUCUCGCCGGCUCGCCGUCGCAUUUUGCUUCUGGCGGGCGGUUCUCCCUCCACAUCACCAACUCGGGCGAGCACGUCUUUGGCGAGCUCUCGCUCUUUGACCACGACACUGCGUUCCGGUGGGAGACCCAGGCUGAUGGCGUCGACGGCCAUGUUCUUCUCCGGCGCAUCCACAUUGAUGAGCACAUCUGCCGCGAGACGGCACUGGCGGCGGAGGACCCGAACGACGACUACGACCCGGCACGCGACACCAUCGCCACCCGCGUCCUCAACCCGCCGCUCCACAACUCCAAGCCCGGCUCGCCGUACGUCAUCUUUCUCGACUUUGACGGACACGACGCGUCCGGCUCGGCGUGGGGAAGCAUUGUUGCCGGUCCGUACGACAUCGACUCCAACACAAACUCGUUCUCGUCGACCGAGCUCGCCCGCAUCUCGCAGAUCUGGGAGCUUAUGGCCGAAGACUACGCGCCAUUCGAGAUCACCGUCACCACCAACGUUGCCGUCUACAACGCCGUCUCCGAGUCCCGCCGUGUCCGCUGCGUCUUUACCAUCACCGACGCGUGGUACCGAACGCCGGCGGCGUCGCCUACGUCGGCGCGCCUCGGAUCAGGCAACGCCAUGUUCUGUGGCGAGGCUGGCUCGCACGAGGUCGGCCAUAACAUGGGUCUCUCCCACGAUGGCACCUCGUCGGCCGGCUACUACACCGGCCAUGGCUCGGGCAUCACCGGCUGGGCCCCCAUCAUGGGCGUCGGCUACUACCAGGACCUUGUGCAGUGGUCACGCGGUGAGUAUGCUGACGCCAGUCAGCAGCAGGAUGACCUCGCCAUCGUGGGUGGCUCUUCGAACGGCUUUGGCUUCCGCGCCGAUGACCACUCCAACUCGCGGACUUCGGGCACAACCCUCAACGACGGCUCAACCCCGGCCGGAUCUGGUUUCAUCUCGACCCGCACCGACGUCGACUACUUCAAGAUCACCAUUGGCUCGUCGGGCUCGAUGACCUUUACCGUCGAGCCGGCGUCGGCCAACUACUACAACCUCGACAUCGAGGCCCGGCUGUACGCCGGCUCUUCACUCGUUUCUACCGUCAACCCUGCAUCCGAUGUCAAGGCCGUCGUCACAUACUCGGGCGUUGCCGGCACUACUUACUACCUCCGUGUCGACGGCGUCGGCAAGGGCUCCCCCACCGGAACCGGAUACACCGACUACGGCUCGCUCGGCGAGUACCGCAUCCUUUACUCUGGCCCGCCGUCGGGCUCGGGUGCCUCGUGCGGCAACUCGAUUGUUGAGGCCGGCGAGCAGUGCGACCCGCCGUCGCAGGCCUGCUGCACCUCGGCGUGCCAGUUCCGUCCGUCGUCGUACACCUGUCGGUCGGCGGUCGGUGUUUGCGAUGUGGCUGAGACCUGCACUGGCUCGUCAGCCGGCUGCCCGGCCAAUGCUGUGGCGACGGCGGGCACAACUUGCCGCGCAUCGACCGGUCCGUGCGACGUGGCCGAGACCUGCAACGGCGUUUCCACGAGCUGCCCUGCGAAUGGCUUCCGGCCGUCGUCGUACACCUGCCGCGCGUCGGCGGGCGUGUGCGAUGUGGCCGAGACCUGCACUGGCUCGUCAGCAAGCUGCCCGGCCAAUGGCUUCCGGUCGAACUCGGUUGUCUGCCGCGCGUCAACAGGCGUGUGUGAUGUGGCUGAGACCUGCACUGGCUCAUCGGCUUCCUGCCCGGCCAACAGCUUCCGCUCGUCCUCGUACGUCUGCCGCGCCUCAACAGGCGUGUGUGAUGUGGCUGAGACCUGCACUGGCUCGUCGGCUUCCUGCCCGGCCAACAGCUUCCGCUCGUCCUCGUACGUCUGCCGCGCCUCAACAGGCGUGUGUGAUGUGGCUGAGACUUGCACUGGCUCGUCGGCUUCCUGCCCGGCCAACAGCUUCCGCUCGUCCUCGUACGUCUGCCGCGCCUCAACAGGCGUGUGUGAUGUGGCUGAGACUUGCACUGGCUCGUCGGCUUCCUGCCCGGCCAACAGCUUCCGCUCGUCCUCGUACGUCUGCCGCGCCUCAACAGGCGUGUGUGAUGUGGCUGAGACCUGCACUGGCUCAUCGGCUUCCUGCCCGGCCAACAGCUUCCGGCCGUCCUCGCAAGUCUGCCGCGCAUCAGCGGGCACAUGCGACGUGGCCGAGACUUGCUCCGGCUCGUCAGCGUCCUGCCCGGCCGACGGCUUUGCGCCAGCCGGCACCUCGUGUAACGACGGUGACGUGUGCUCGUCGCCAGACACAUGCGACGGGCCGGAACAUGCUCUGGCCGGCGAACAGUGCGACGACGGCAACCUGGUCAACGGCGACUGCUGCUCGUCGACUUGCGAGCUCGAGAGCUCGUCAACGGUCUGCCGCCCGGCGGCUGGGCCGUGCGACGUGGCCGAGACCUGCACCGGCUCGUCGCCGACUUGCCCAACAGACAGCCUCGCGUUGUCGGCGACUGUCUGUCGCCCGUCGGUGGGCGCUUGCGACCUAGCCGAGACUUGCACCGGCUCGUCGGCGGCGUGCCCGGUAGAUAGCUUCCGUCCGUCGUCGUUCACCUGCCGCGCGUCGGCAGGCGUGUGCGACGUGGCCGAGACUUGCACCGGCUCGUCGGCGGCGUGCCCGGCAGACAGCUUCCAGCCAAACUCGGUUGUCUGCCGCGCGUCGGCCGGGCUUUGCGAUGUCGCGGAGACCUGUACCGGUGGCUCGGCGAGCUGCCCGGUCGACAGCUUCCGCAGUUCGGCAACAGUGUGCCGGGCGUCGGGCGGUCCGUGCGAUGUGGUCGAGACGUGCCCUGGCAACUCGGCGAGCUGCCCGGCCGAUGGAUUCCGGCCGUCGUCGCAUGUGUGCCGGCCUACUGCCGGUGGAUGCGACGUGGCUGAAACCUGCCCUGGCAACGCGGCGGCGUGUCCUGCCGACGGCUUCCGGCCGUCGUCGUAUGUCUGCCGGGCUGCAGCCGGGCCGUGCGACAACGCCGAGACUUGCCCGGGCAACUCGGCGGCGUGCCCUGCCGACGGAUUCAAGUCGUCGGCUACAGUGUGCCGCCCGGUCGCCGGCGUGUGCGACGUCGAGGAGCGGUGCACUGGCAGCUCGGGCGCGUGUCCGGCCAACGCGAGGCGGGCCGGCGAGGUCUGCCGCUCAGCAGCUGGCAAUCUGUGCGACCAGCCCGAGGUGUGCAGUGCGAGCUCGGACGAUUGUCCGGCUGACACCUUCCUCCCGCCAGGCACCUCGUGUGACAACGGUUUUGCAUGUGACGGCACCAGCGAUACCUGUGACGGAAGCGGGCCGAACGCAUGCGUCGGGUCGAACCCGGCCGGGUGCCUCUUCACCUGCGGCGACGGCAUCCUGGAGGCUGGCGAGCAGUGUGACGACGGGAACACGGACAACGGCGACUGCUGCUCAUCCGGAUGCCAGUUUGAGCCGACGACCCAGGUGUGCUCGACGCCGACGUGCAACGGGCUGUGCGACGGUGGCGGAACGUGCACUACGCAGCCGUUCUGCUGCCUCACCGACGCACAGUGCGACGAUGGGCUCGACUGCACCAUCGACACGUGCGGCGGCGACGAGGUGUGCCACAACGACCCAGCGCCUGCAGGCACGAGCUGCGACGACCAGCAGGACUGCACCAUCAACGAUGCAUGCAACGGGAUCGACGCGGUGUGCGAGGGCGAGAACAGCUGUCCAGGUGGGUGCGGGCUCAACGGGCUCUGCUGCCACUCGGUCUGCGAGUGCACCUUUGGCUGGGAUUCGGACCCGUCGUGCUCGAUCGGGCCGGACCCUCUCAACCUCGGCUUUGCCCUCUCGCACGCGCUUGAAAGCACGCGCGAGGGUCGGGCGUACUCGCUGGUGGUCCAGGGCGGCGUCGACAUUGUCGUUUCGGUCCGACCGACCCGCGGAGCAAACGGGGCGAGCACCCGGGCCACGUCGGACGUCUUCCUCUACGGCUCGUUCUCGGAAAUUCCUGCCAAGGCCGAGGGUCUCGUCAUCCACGAGUACCGGUCGGAAGCGCCCGAGCUCGAGGAGCAGUCGUUUGUCAUCAACUCGACCCGUUCUGGCCUGCUCUUCAUCUCGGUCUUCCGGGCGCCGGGCGUGGCAAGCGUCGACUUUGAAGUCGUGGCCCGUGACAUCAACACCGGGCGGGCGGCGCCGUCGUCGCCGAUCUCGAUCGCCAACGCCAAGGACAAGCCGUGGCUCCUGAUUGCAGUCGGCACCGGCCUCGCUGCGUGCUGCCUCCUCACCGUCGCCAUCGCCACCGUGUGGAGGCGGCGGUCCAACAAGAGGGCUGCUAUGAACUUUGGCACCUACGACGACACCAGCACCAUUGCUGGCAACGACAUGGAGUUUGAGCUCGCCACACCAGGCCCGGUCGGCUUUGCUGCGAUCACGGCUGAUUCGCCGCCAGCGCCGGUCAGGCCCGCGGAGGGCGAGACCUGGGAGGCCAUCUACGCAUUUGCGGGCCGCGAGUCGGACGAGCUCUCAUUCACCGUCGGCGACCGGCUCCUAGUCAAAGAGCAGUACGAUGACGGAUGGGGCUCGGGCAAUAUGAUUGCCACUGGCGCCACUGGCAUCUUCCCCAUGUCCUAUCUCAAGAAGAUCGCCAACGAAACCACCACCGCCCGCCCUGCCCCUGUUCCGCGGCGGUAACUGUUUCUCGUUUUGUGGGAAGUAAAUAGUAUUCUCAAACGAACAA